AUGAGUCGCAGCAAUCGAGGCAACUCUCUCCCGCCGGACUCCUUCACGGCACGACGCCUACAACACGCCACCCCGGAGCAUCUACACCAGACAACGCGCCGCGUUUUUAUCGGUCCACUACCGGAAGGGUGGCUCAAGACCCAUCGCAAACAAUGGUAUCGACAGUAUACCGGCAGCCGCGGGGCAAGAGUGCCUUCAUUCACGGCGGCCCAGCCCGUCGUCAGUGUUAGUCAUGAUGCAGAGGAAGGCGGCGGGGCGGACGCCGGAGCGAACGGUGAUCAUGCAGCCGAGGGCGGAGCGGAGGAAUUGGCGCGACAAUCGGCAGAUGUGAUCGGCGAGGGUUUGGGAGUCGGGACGACGACGGAAACCGCGUUGGGCUCGCAGACGGCCCUUAGCACGACCAGCCUGUUGCACAGCCAGCGAGACAGCUCCGUUAGUGCCAGUGCAUCGAUACGGAAUACCACAAUCGAGGGGGAGGACCAGGAUGAGGGAGAGCCACAGCCGACGUCAAUCCUCCAGGACUCUCGCAUUGAACGCGCUGCCAAUGGCAUCCCAACGCCAAAAGUCCGUUUCAGCCAGGCCAGCAAGCUUCAACUCCGUGCCCGUGCUUCGCGUCUGGCCGCCAAAGGGAGCCUUCGAAGCUUGAAGAUCAAGGACGGCGAGAUGCUCAAGGUUGAUAAGAUGCUCGUUCGUAUCGACAUCACCCAGCAGUCCCUGCGAGACGACUACGAUGAGAAGCUCAGCCAGGGUGUGGAAACAAGAACUCUUGACAAAUGGCGCGAGUUUAUGAUUGUCUGUCGGAAGCACACCGAAGGCGACGCCAAUGCCGUGCUGCAAUUCUACCAAACGAGAGUCAUUGCGGUCUCGGAAGGUGACAAUGUAAAGAAGAAGCCAAAGGUGCAAAUGCUGCUCGGCGCGAAGUCUUCCAAGGUCAACAUGUACUCCUCUCUGGACAAAACACUCUGUGUUUGGACUACUGUAAGUGGUCGAACGACAAUUUAUUACCUACGUGCGCAGAGCACUGCAACGGCCGUGGAGUGGUACACAUUUCUGCGCGGGCUGCUUGGCGACGAACGACCCGAUACUCUGCAGAUCAAUGUGCCCGAUCUCAAUGUUUCGCUCCGCUUGGAUGAUCCUUUCGGACAAGUCGAGGCCGCGAAAACGUUGGACAAGGCAGCUGCCGGAGACGACGAUGCACUCGCAAGAGCGAUUUCCGACGAAUCAGGCGCCGCCGGAGCCAUUGUUGCUCGCUGUGUCAGCAUGUUGAACCGGUCACCGGAGUGGACCGAUGUACUGGAAGGCUGGGCCAAGGAUGAACGCAUUGGUCUUGCGUGGAAGAGGUACGACCGUCUUGAAUGGAUUCAUGGCGCCGUAGAGCAACGCAUGUAUGGCACCAUCGCGAUGCUGAGAACCCACGACCUGGAGCUGAGACUCAAAGAUCAUUACCCAGUGUCCGCAAAGGGUCGGCAUGGUAGCCCCGUCCUGGAGGAGCCACCGCCAGUAGAAGGAUUUCUCAUCCGUCUUACCUCACAGCAAGGCAAGGAACAGAGACUGGGCAAGAUGCUUUUCAAACGACUGUACUUUUCAACGCAAAACCAGUACCUCGUUUUCCUUCGCCCAGCGUCGGCAUCACCGCCACCGCCUCCGAAGAUCUCUCCUCAUGUAGGCAAUGGCACUCCAACCGCAAAAGACUUCAUAGAUCGAGUCCCAUUGAGCUAUGACAUCGAUCCUUUUCCUCUCACAGGAAAGUCCAUCACUUGGGUCGGAUCGGAGCCUAAGAGUUUCGAGACGCAUGACAAAGCUGCCGCUGCCGAAGCAGAGCGAAACGCCAAUACGUUGCUGGUCUGUGAUGGCUUCAUCGACCUUUGUGAUGUGCAGACGGUUCGCGACUUCUCUAAAGGUGCUAUACCGGUAGACGAGAGCUUGCAAAGCGGUCAGAACGUCGACUUCCACGCUGCAGUGCCCAACAGUCACUCCGAAGAUGGCGCGACAGCCGAAAUCGACGAAGAUCGUGUCCUCGAAUUGGUACUCACCAAUGGCCUGGUCAUCCGUCUGCAAGCCUUCAACAAAGCUGCCCGCGAUAUCUGGAGGGAGAGUCUGCAAGCGUUGGUCGCAUACUGGACGCAACGGAUUAAAGCCGACACAGAUCUCUACAAAUCGACACGCGAGCAGAACCUGAAGGUGUUGGGUAUCGACGAGCGUGCAGAGGCCAUAGUAGGCCAGUUUUCACAUAAAUGGGAAGUCGGCAAAUCUUACGCCUCUCCCAUCUUAUACAACAUGUGUGGGAUUGCAGGAUGCCGCCCCAUUCACGUCUCCGGCGUUCUCUUCCGCAAGCCGCGCAAGCACACCACAUUUACGCGUUGUCAUGUGGUCCUUUCCAACGGCCAUCUCUUGAUCUUCCAAGACACGCUUCGGAAACGUACUGGCAAGAAACUUGUACACAUUCACCACGAGCGUAUCGCGUCCAUGUCUCUACGGGGUAGCUACAUCUAUUCGGGCCUAUUGACAGAGGGCGAUCUCUUGUAUCAGAAUCAGACGUUUGAUUCCAAUGCUCCGGGGCACCAUACGUUGCCAAGGAUAUACCUCGAAGACAGCUGGACGAGUUCUGAUGAGGAUGCCAUGACUACCUUUGUGGUUUGGCAUCCGAAAAGCAAAGCGUGGUUCAAGAGCUCCAAGACCGUUGAUGAUAUUAGAAAUACUACGGCGCAUGAAGCGGAAACUUCAAGUGAAAAGGUCAAAACCAAGCUCACGAGAGUCAGUCAAUUGGGUGCAACAGGCCGUAGUGUUGUAUUCAAAGCCAGGAGUCGAGCCGAGAGGGACCAUUGGGUAUUGGCUAUACAAAACGCUAUCGAGCGACUGGGAGAGGGCGAGGAGGUUAGAUUAGUGGAGGAGGGUAAUUGA